AUGGUCGAGACAGCCAUGCCAUCUCCCUCCACAAGUUCCAUCCCAUCCGCGGCACCAACUUCUUAUUCAGAGUACUGGCUGUUGCUUUUCCCUGAAUCAACAGUCUCUGCAAUUCAGGAGGACCCAGAAUCACCCCAGUCGAUGGCAUUUGACUGGCUCAUGGAAGAGAUUGACAUCCUACACAACCUUUCGGAACAGAGAGUUGUGCAGCGUUUUGUUCUUGCAACUUUCUAUUUUGCCAACAGUGCAGAACAUUGGUACUCAAAUAGUCACUGGCUCAACCACAGUGUUCAUGAGUGCCUUUGGCAUUCAAGUUUGGAGGCAUGGUAUUUCUUUUUUGAGGCCAGCAUAGUUUUCCCACUGGAUUACCUCAGUCCCUGUGAGCAAGAACCAGCUGGAUAUCUAGAGGAUGGUAUCUUGUACCAGGGAGAUGGAAUCAUCAAGCACUUUUGGUUGUCAUUGAAUGGUCUAUCAGGAUCAGGGAUUCCGCCAGAGCUCUAUUUGCUUACCGACCUCAAGAGCUUGGCAUUGGAUGGAAUAAACCUUACCAGCACCAUCCCAGAAGAGCUUUCUGGCCUUUCCAAUUUGGAGUACCUUUCCAUGAAUGACUGUGGCCUUUUUGGCUCCAUUCCCGAAGCAAUUGGGCGAUUGUUGAAACUUGGAACCAUGUACUUUGCCCUCAACUCCCUGACGGGAACUAUUCCGUCAUCCCUGUUUUCCCUGAACUCCAUGAGAGCCAUUGUUCUAUCAGAAAACCUGAUUACAGGACCAGUACCAACAAGACUUGGAUUGCUAACUGACUUGCUGGGUGUUGCAUUUGACUCCAACCUUUUCACUGGGACAAUUCCCACAGAAUUUGGGCAAAUAACUUGGUUAAGCUCCCUGCUCCUGCACGACAAUAUUCUGAGAGGCACUAUCCCAACCGAGCUUGCAGUUCUUGCAGACAUGGAACUUCUGCAACUGCAUAACUCGGGUCUUUUAGGGACAAUCCCUAGAUGGCUUGGGAACAUGAAAUCCCUGGACACAUUGACAGUGUCCGAGAACUCCUUUACUGGGACUAUCCCAACAGAGCUUGGCCUGCUUACCAAGUUGUCUGCCUUAUGGCUUGAUUCGAAUGCUUUGUCGGGCACAAUCCCAAGCGAAUUUGGAAUGUAUGAGGAAGCCCUUGUGUUGUGCUUCGAGAACAACAACCUGAUAAUAACCAUUCCUACAGAGCUUGGUCGGCUUACUGGUAUAUUGCAGUUGUUGCUGUUUGACAAUGAUUUGACCGGAACAGUGCCCCUGGAGCUUGGCAAUGUUCCUUUCCCUGCACCUUAUGGUCAAGUCUUGUUGCAUGGAAAUGCACUUUCUGGCAUUAUCCCUGAGAGCUUGUGCUCUGCCUACAGUCUUACUUUUGACUGCAGCACCUUCCUGUGCGGAUGUGACUCGUGUAUCUGUUCCGACAAUAGAACAUCUCCAAUACUGGAGAGAGAGACUUCCACUGAAGAUGGUCAGCUACUGAUCCAGGCUAACCAAACUGGGGGGAACCUAACUGAACGCUGAACAGAAUGACUUUUUGGUCGUCUUAUUCAUCACAAUACUUCAAGUUUGUAUAAGUUUAACCCUCUUUGGCACUAUU